GGUCAUGUAAAAUAAUUAAAUCAAAGUCGAAAGUCUUAUUUUUUUGUAUUUGGUCCAAAACAGUUGCACUCCUUUUCUUGAACUGAAUUCAAGAAACUUUAGUUGCUUACUUUACGGAGAGGAACUUCAGUGAGGUAGUAGUACCAGUGCAACUGAAUAGCAUCACAAAUUUGAGGUAAUGGCACCGAGAAGGCCACGGAAGAAGAUCUGCAUCGAUUCUCAGAGAGAAAAACCUAAUUCCCCUAUGCAAUCAAAUCUCUCUCCAACCCUCCGGAAGCUGCUCUCCGCCAUCACAACUCCCGGGGGUAUGAAAGCACCUGUCUUGAAAAGUUUGUAUUGUUUACUCUUCCAUCUGUCCACAGGUCCUCAGAACAGAGUUGAUGAAAAUGAUCUACAAGCUGUUUGUGACUUUAUAUUCAAAGAACUAUCAGUGAUGUUUGACAAUAUUAUAUCUCCUGUAUAUGAUAUUUCUGUAAAAAAGGAAAGGAAAGGAAUUAGUUUUCCGAAAUCACUUUUUCAUCCAUGCCUUCAUGAUAAUGAUGACUUCACAACUACAUCAAGUGAGGAACUUGCUGUUUCAAUUCAUUUCUGCGAGCCCCUUGAUCUUCAAACUUCAUUUGCUAUUGCUUUGUUGGAGGUAUUUCUAGAUGAGCUUCUUGUUCAUGGAAGAUUGAAAGCGAUAUUUAAGCGGAUUGGGCAAAUUACAUAUCCUAGUGAACCUUUAUUUAUGCCUCAGCCUACUGACAAAGAUGCAAUUGAAGCUUUUCUGGACAGACUUUUCUGUGCACGCAAUAAGGAUUUUGAAUUCUUUAAAGCUCAAGGGAUGAGUCUGACUGGGGCAAUAUCACUUCUCCUCCAUCCCAUGUUUUUUUCUGCCCCAAAUAUUGUGCAAGCACAUCUGGUUUCAUCAGUUUAUGAAGCCAUGAGUAGUGUGAUGGAUAUUCCAAAAUUGAAACUGAACUGUAAACUUCUCAACUACUGUAUCUCAGUGUUUGAAAAGUCCAUGGAUAUGUACAUGAAACAUAUGUCCUGUGUAUGGACGAAAGGCCAUCCUCUAAGUAUUUGUGCUUCAUUUGUUGAGCCCCACACGCAUGGAGGCUACUGUCCUCUGCCUUUUGCAUCCUAUAUAAUGCCAAGCACACUGGAGAAGAUAAACUCUCUGAUUACAAGGUUAGAAGGUUCAUCAGAUUCAUUUUUAUGCAACCAUUUCUUUGCACUGAAAUCUGACUUGGCAAGUUCAUGUAUAGCAUAUGUAAAGGAGUGUCAAUGUCUUUUGGACCAAUUGUGCCGACCUGAUGUAUUCUCAAUUGUAAAUUGCCUGAUAGUAAGAGCAUCAGAGAGCUUUGAUGAAACCAGAAUGCCUGCAAUCAGGGAUAUAAGUCUGCAAGACAUAUGUCUCCUAGUUGCUGUGUUGAAGUUAAUGAGCAUUUCUUUGCUGCAUGCUAUAUCAUGUCUCAGAAACAAAGAAAGUUGUGGCUCUUUCAAAACAUUGAAAGACUACUCAUUGUGUAAGGAGUACAUGUCUAUUGUGUGUGCGAGUAGCUGUUUUAGCAAAUGCCAAUUGCACUUUCCAGUCCAAGAGUUUUUGUUUGGCAUAAUGGAGACAAAUUCCAUCAAGCAUAAGGACUUCAUGAUGAUGCUUGUGCAUUUUUCAGGCUUGCUUGCAUUUAGUUUUCUAAACAGGUUUGAUUACUUAGCAAAAGGUUGCUUGCUAACUAUCACUGCUGUGCUGAAUCUCUUUGUGCUGGAAGAUGGCUAUUUAGAUGAGUUGAGGUCACUGGUUGUAUCUGGUCCAUACUCUGUUUCCUCUGCAUUACCUCUGGCACUUGUGAACCAGAGGCCAAGUAUUAAAGUUGCAUCAAAAUUUCAAAACAUGCAGAAUCUUCACUUGAGGAAAUCAAAGACUGUGGCGAAAUGUUUUGGUAGCAAGGAGGAGGAAGAAGAAGGGUUUGCAGAGAAUUCCUCAAAUGUUUACCAUUUUCCUGACAGCGAAGAUAAUAGAGUGAGCAUUGAAGAAGAAACAACACUCAAUGGUGAGAGCUAUCUCAAAACCAUGCAAUACAGCACACACAACACAUCUGAUUAUGAUGAGUUGGCUGAUUUUGUUGCCUGCAAGCCAGGGAAGGAUUAUGCAGUCUGGCUAAACGAUAGGAAAAAGUAUAGAAAAUGGAAAUCUGAAAGGACUGCCAUGUUAAUGAGGAACAGAAAGAAAAAGACUUUGAAAGUUUUUAAACGGUAAAAAAUGGCAUGGGUUUCUAACGUGGAGAUAACCAAGUCUUUUUUUUUUUAAAUUUCUCUUCCACCCACCCUAAACAGUACUGACCU